AUGGUAUCUUCCCUCGCCCCCGAGCUCAUAGAAAUCGUCGUCAACAAUAUCGAGCAUGCAGACACUCUCAAAUCCUGUAGUCUUGUCGCCAAUGUGUUUCGAUAUCCCUCCCAGCGCCAACUUUGGCGCCACGUUACCAUCGAAUACACAGAAGUCAUCGACUACAACACCCCAGCAGCAGCCGAUUUCUCUCGCCAAGGUGACGUUGCAACACAUCUGCAAGCAUUCCCGCACCUUGCCCGCUAUGUUGUCUCGUUUGUCCUGACCACCGGCGCGAUCGGCAUCUGGCAAUGGGAGCCAAUAUCUCGCCGUUUGGCUGCGCUGUUCGAGCUGCUUUCUAAUGUCGGGUCCCUGACAAUCACCUCGACCGACAUGUUUGCGUGGGACCUGGAACAAAGCUCGUUAAUCCGAUACACUACCGCAGUCGAGAGGCUCAUUCGCAACCAAGCAGCAAAUCGCACUUUGCGCUACCUUGAACUCGGCGGCUUCUCUUAUAUUCCGCCUGCUUUCAUGGUGCGCAUCCUCACGGCCUGCCCGACUGUGUCCAUUGUUGGUCUUGAACUUGUUCCCGAAGAUCUUGAGAGGGCGUCAGUUACUAGUAGCCACUCCGCAGCCCUGGAAGUCAGCAAAAACGAUAGGCCGUGUCAAAUGACUGCCCUCAGAGUUGGGAUCUUCGAUAUAAGCCAUCAGCGAAUGCACAAGUCCCUUAUUCCCCACGUCAAAUCUUUGUGCGCCCUCGUUCUGACUGCUGAUUUCCCGAACGACGUAUGGUAUGAGCUGCCGAUGACUCGGACAUCUCGGGUCUAUGAACUCUGCGCCGCUGCUAGGGGAACGUUGGUGAAUCUCUCGAUUGAGCUUCCUCCGCAAGAUAACGACGACGUGAUCACAUCAUUCUCCAUACCAAACCUCCCGCGCCUGCAAUGCCUUGAAAUCAACUUCUCCAACGUGCUACUGGACAUUGGGGACCACACCGACAAUUCAAUUUCGCUCACACCACCACCGAGACUACUGGAUCUGCUGUCCACCUCGUUGGUAAACGGUGCUUUCCCCUCGCUCCGCCAACUGUGUUUUCUUCCCGGAAUAUAUCCUCCUCGUAUCAUUCGCUGGGACAGCGCAGAGUUCCCUCCGGGCUUCAAAUGCGCUGCCUGGGACGCCAUACUUGCAGACUACCUCUCCGCCAAUCCCAACGUGGCAAGCUUCUGUGUUCCUCGGUUCUACCGCCCCUGCGACGAUCCGGAUCACCCAUACUUUGACCGAGAGACAAUACCUAUGCGUUCGCGCGACUACGUGCGGCUCUUCCAGGAGUAUAGCCAGGCAAUGGACACAGCCCUCCCCAAUGCGACGGCUCGAGGGCUCAAGGUUGUGGAAUAUCCUGCUGGGACAUGCUACGACGACGACGAGGUGGAUUUUUUCCAAAGGAAACAGAAAUGA